AUGCUCGAGACCCGUUCGGACAACCCUGACAACUAUGGCCCUUGCUGCCGGUGCUCGGUCCUCGGCGAUUGCCCGACCGGAUACAGCGCCUGUGGCCACUCCAGCAAGGAGUGCGCUUGCUGCCUCCAGGACCGCUCCUGCCAGCUGCAGGGCACUCCGGACGAUGGGGAGCUCCCGCCCACGAUCCCCGACGAUUGGGAUCUGCGCAUCCUGUGGCGCUGCCACCGUGGGCCCCUCUAA